AUCCGACGAGCUGCUUCACGUCUCCAGCUGCAGGAGCUCCUCCAUUUUGGAUCUCACCGACCUCUGUCUAGGCCAUUUUUUUUUCGUCCCGCAUUGUGAAGAUUCAGCUCAUUCUAGUUUAUCCGCGCCAUUCUGCUUCAAGCCCACCUUCCAUCAGACAACGGCGUGCAUAUCGAUCACGCGAACAAAAGCUCAAAGCUUCACGAUUCGUCUGCGAGCGAAUCCACCCGCCGUCUUUUUCUCCUCCCACCAGCCCUUCAAGAACCAGAUAUGGACGAGCAGUGGAUUCUCCACACCCUGGAAGGCAUCCUCCCCGAGCAGACGGUCCAACUUAUACACGACCACAUCCUCCACCCCUCAGCCCCUUUCCAGCUGGUCAAGCGCCAAGUCACAUUCGGCGUCCAACAAGCAUACACCUUUCUCUACCCUCUUAUCGUGCCACUUGUCGACCGCGCCAUGCAAAAGCUUAACGACUCGCCGGACUUCGUCCUGCUGGGCGCCCUCCUCACCUUCCUCGCCAUCGCCGUCCAGGUCACUUUCUGGGUCCACCGCAUCAUAAUGUUCUGGACGCGCCUGGCGAUGCGCAUGGUGAUGUGGGGCGCAUUGGCCGUGGUGAUAGCUAUGCUGUGGCAAAGGGGCCCGGAGGCCGUGGCAAAAGACGUCGUGGUCGUGGUUUCGAAGGCGGCGGGCUAUGCUACUAUCAUCAAAGAGAUUUGGUUGCGGGAAUAUGCGAGGUAUAAUGAGCAGACACAAAAUGGGCACCGGGUUGGAGGCAAUAGAUCUGGAAAUGUACGUGGAUGGUAGGAAUGGUGUGGCUUCUGAAGGGCGAAAUGGAAAAAUGGAAAACCGGAAAACUGGCUAUGUAUAGGAUUACGACUGCGAUGAAUGAUGAUCUUCAAUACUUACUACUCUAGUG